CAUACAAGUCCUAUAAAUUUAAGCAUGCUAAUUAUCAAGUUUUCCAACAACUUAACAUCAAAAUUUUCUACAUAACAUUGAUCGAGUUUGUUCUUGUUUGAGAUAUGUCAAGGACUGCCAAGCUUGUCGCGUUGAUGAACAUUGCUCGACCAAGGAAAGCUAGGAAGGCUGGGCAUCAACACCGCCACAUGAGUCAAUUUUCUGCCGUACAGGCAGUGGAAUAUCAUCAAGAGCUUGAAAAGGAAGAUAUAGAUUGUGCAGGAGAAAUGUGUAGUAAGAAGGGCAAUUGGGUGCCACACCCACGUAGUGGUAUAUACUUCCCUGAAGGACAAGAUUGGGUGCUGAAUGAUGUCCCUGAAAAUUCAGCUUCAUUAGGACAAUCACAUACUUAUUGGCUCAGGAACGUCUAUGGAGUUGAAAAGCAUGACCCUGAUAUGCUUUCUGCUGAUCAUUAUUUCCUUACGGAAGAUCAUGCAUAGUUUAUUUGAUUUAUAUAAAUAAUAUACGCCUUAAUUAUUAUGAUAACUAACCAAUUUGUAUUAGGACUCACAUUAAUUGUACCAGUAAUUUUGUUUCAUAGCUAGCUACUAAAAUAUUCAAUAUUCAGUUGGGUGUAAACGAGCUGAGCCGAGCUUCUGAGAUCGGCCAUUAAUUCUCAUUAAUGAUUGACUAUAAUUAAUAUACUUCAAUAUAUACCCC